AUGGUACUCUUGAGUAUAUUGAAAAAACUACGUCGAAAAGAAAAAGAAAUGCGUUUAUUACUUGUCGGACUCGAUAACGCUGGCAAGUCAACUAUUUUAUCACGAAUUAAUGGUGAAGAAAUCGACUCGGUCGCACCGACCCUUGGCUUCAACAUAAAAACUUUUAAUUUUGCAGACUAUGUACUCAAUGUAUGGGAUGUCGGUGGACAGAAAUCACUUCGAUCGUAUUGGCGUAACUAUUUCGAAGCAACCGAAGCAAUUAUUUGGGUUGUUGAUAGUGUGGAUAAAAUGCGAUUGGGUGAAUGUCGUUCCGAACUACAUGAUUUGCUCAAAGAAGAACGUCUAAUGGGCUCAUCACUUCUCGUCUUUGCAAAUAAACAAGAUGUAGUUGGUGCAUGUUCAUUACAAGAGAUUCGGACACUAUUAGAACUUGAUUCGAUACAUAAACAUCAUUGGACUGUAAUGCCUUGCUCGGCGUUAACUGGACAGAAUCUUUUAGAAGGCAUCGAUUGGCUUGUGAAUGAUGUUGCACAACGGCUGUUCGAUCCUGAUUGA